UCAAAUAAUUCAUUAUCAUCAUCAAAUAUUUCUUUCAUUAAUUGAAAUGAAUGCAUCUCAUCUAUUGUUAGCCACAAUUGUUGUGCUCUGCUUACUCUGUGGUCACUGUAAUCUGGCGAAACCCACAGGGUCUAUGACCAGAAUUCAGGAAGUAUUUCGGACGCUCAUGGCUAAGCCUAUGAUGCUUGCCUCUCGAGGAAAGAAAUCUCUCGUUGCAUUUCCGAACGUUGAAGAAUAUUUAAUAGAUCGAGAAAACCAAGAAGAUGGCAAAGGAAGAAGUGGUAGACGUUCAUUUAGUGAUUCUUCAUAUUGGUUGCUGACCGAUGUGAGAUCACCAGUUUAUGCCGUUACACUGAAUGUGAGGCGAUGAAAUCUAUCAAAUUAUUGAUAAUCAUUUAAUAAGCUUAAAUUCGUUAUGUUCUAAAACUGCUCUGUUUUUCCUUCCACAUAUUUACAGCAUAUUAAAUUUAUUUUUGAAAUGCUUAAUAACUUUUAACAUUAUUCUUUAUGUUCAGGAAAUUGCGUUAU